CGAAGCAGAGCUAGGAAGUCAAAGGCUGAUCGACUAGUGACAGGUGGAGGUCCCCGGUUGCAAGAGGAGUUGACAGAGAGGGAGAAUCUCGCUUUGGAAACGCUCGGGUCAGUCGUGGUCGACGGAAUGCCAGAUAUUCCAAAUAUUGGGGCCGAGAGCGAAAUAGUAAUUACAAACGACCCCGUGACUCCUUCUGUGGAAUCAACCGACGAAUCAGUUAACAGUCCACGACCUUCACGUCGCCGCAAAACAGAUUCGGAUGAGUUAAUCAAAAAAAUGAUUAAAUCUAUGAACGAAAGGAAUGAGGAAGAAAGAAAAUUUAGAGAGCGAAGUCUUAACUGCAUGGAACAGUUUUGUGACUCCAUGAACAACGUGGCCAAUGCUAUUCUAGCUUUAUCGCAAGCCGUUGUCAAUAAAGAUUAUAAUAAUAAAUAA